GGAGGAGGAGGAGCCGGGCGGACAGCCGUGCCGGCAGCCCGGCCCAGCCCUGCCCAGUCCCGCCAGCAGCGGCUUCUGCCCUCGGCGCCGGGAUGCUCUGAGCCGUCCGGAGGACGAAGGAGAUGGAGCCGCUGGAGGCGAACACCAGCUGCAGCAACGGGUCUCUGGUCACCCUUUCAUGCCUUUCCCAUCGGGUCGUGUGCCGGGUGAUCGGCGAUGUUGACCCAGCUGACUCUGUCCAGGACAAUGGGACUUUGGAUAACUUCUGGGUAACACAGCUGGAAAGCAGUUAUGGAUUCUACAUUGGCCUGGGCUUGGCUGUCUUCUCCAGCUUCCUCAUCGGAAGCAGCGUCAUCCUCAAGAAGAAGGGGCUGCUACGGCUGGUGGAGAAGGGAGGCACGAGGGCAGGAGACGGCGGCCAUGGCUACCUAAAGGACUGGCUCUGGUGGGCUGGCUUGUUAACAAUGGGUGGAGGGGAAGCUGCCAACUUCGCUGCCUAUGCCUUUGCUCCUGCAACUAUUGUCACGCCUCUGGGGGCUCUGAGCGUGCUCAUAAGUGCCAUCCUGUCUUCAUAUUUGCUUGGAGAACGGCUCAACCUGCUGGGAAAGCUGGGCUGCAUGCUGAGCCUCGUGGGCAGCACUGUGAUGGUGAUACAUGCCCCAGAGGAUGAGGAGGUCACCACUUUGGAUGAAAUGUCUUCUAAGCUGAAAGAGCCAGGUUUCCUCGCUUAUGCUGCGAUCCUCUUGGCUGUCUGCUUCCUCUUGAUCUUCUACCUCUCACCCCGCUAUGGCCAGAGCAACAUCCUCAUCUACCUCACCAUCUGCUCCAUUAUCGGUGCCUUCUCCGUGUCGUCAGUCAAGGGCCUGGGCAUUGCCAUCAAGGGCUUCUUUGCUGGCCGGCCUGUGCUGCAGCACCCGUUGACGUGGAUCCUAGUCAUCAUACUGGUGGCAUCCAUCACUACACAAAUUAACUACCUCAAUAAGUCUCUAGACAUUUUCAACACCUCUUUGGUGUUUCCCAUCUACUAUGUGCUGUUCACCACCAUUGUCAUCACAACUUCCAUCAUCCUCUUCAAGGAGUGGGUCUCCAUGACUGUAGUGGACAUCAUUGGGACAGUUUGUGGCUUUCUCACCAUCAUUUUGGGGGUGUUUUUACUCCAUGCCUUCAAAGACAUGGACGUCAGUUUAGGGAAUCUACCACAGGUUCUCCAGAGUGGACAGCAAGCGCCAGUCACCCGGGACGACAAGAACAUCCUCAUAGAGGUGGACAACGCCAGCAUCACCCCAGAGGAUAAGCCCAAAAUGCUUGCAUGAACGCUAAAAUACACACCGGUAUCUCAAAUGGAGGUGAGAGACAAGGACUCAAUGGUGUACGCCUGCUAUUCAGACUCUGCUCAUCCAUGUUAAAUUACUUGCUCAGCAAAUAUGGGACAAGAAUAUUGGUGGAUAUGGGAAAAACGUGGCAAAUUUUGGAAUAGGUGCUCACUUGGGCUCCGUGGAAGGACUCAAGCCAUAAAGUGUUUUUACAGCAUCGUGGCAGAGAAAUUGUUUUCAGCUUUUGGUUUUUUGUGAGGUGCAGGAGUUUCCCUGCAGCACCGUGUUAAUUAGUUUUAUGUGGGGUUUUGUUUGUUUGGGUUUUUUCCCUUAGCAGCUAUUGCCUGGGCCGUGUUGACGUGGUUGGUGAAGCCAUUGAGCCUGAUCCAGACCUCACCCGAGCAAGGGGCAGCCCCCCAUUCAGGCUGGGAAGCUCUGGCAGGGUAAACCCUGUGUCAGGAGAAACACCGCCACUGUCUUCAAGACUUUUUGUGGUCUGUGAAAAUCUUCUCAGCCUGAAAGAGCAAGCAGCUAUAAAUUUUAAGGUUUGUUUGGGUUUUUUUCUUAGCAAAUGUCUUGACCUUGGAGAGCCCCCCAAGUCUUUGAGUCCCUUGACCUGUCCUGCUAUCAUUUAAGUCCAAAAGCUUUUUUGUUGUUGUUCAGAGGGAAGCAUGAGCUGCGUGUUAAAAGCCAAACAGGCGUAAGUGGGUGAUGCUCUGUAGAGCUGUAGGGAUGCAGUUUAUCCCAGAGCGGUCCCGUUCACCCCUCUCCAUCUCUCUCAAUAUAGUAUGGAUGUUACCCGGACUCUUGCUCACAGCUCACCUUCAAAACCCCCUUGUAUUUGUAUCAGUGGUGAGGAUGAAGGGAUGAGAGAAAUAACAUUUUGAGCUGGAAGGUGAAAAAGGAAGGUAUUACUGCAUUUAAAAGGUUCUCCCAUCUUGCUGCUGGGUCUCAUAGCACAGGGACGCUAGAGCCCGUUUGCUCACAGCAAAUCCCAAACAGGGAGCGGCAAAGCCUGAGCUGGCUUUGCCAAGCUGGCUCCGUCCGGGUGCAGCUCUGGCUGGGUUAUCCCUGGACCACGGCUCACGCUGAUGCUGUCUGAGAUGCUGACCUGGUUAUACCUGGGUCUGAGCAUCACUGAGCAAAUGUAACUUGGGACUGGGUGGGGGGGGGAAGAGGAAUAUGCAAUCUCUUAUUUUAAUAACAUUUCAGUACUUUUGGUUUUUUGAAUGUAGAAAGGGAAAUAAAGGCUUUUUCUAAGGAAAAACAAAACAAAACAAAAACCCUUGCAGGUGGAUCUGAAAGUUUUUAAUGAUUCCUCGGAUCUUGUCGGUGUAGCCCUAGAGGAUAAACAGGCGGAAGGACAGCUGAGGACAGCAAAAGAGCAUCUGGGGCAGAGCGUGAAACAGCAGCGCCCUCCUUUGGUAGCAGAAAAUAAUCCACGUAAUUCACUCUAGCUUCGUUUUCGGCGUCCUAAUUGGUGUAACGCUUUAUGCAUUUUAUUUUAGAAAAAGAUGUAAACAAGACUCAUCUUUCCUCACUGCCUAGAACUGCAUUUCGUAAAAGCCAUUCCUUGAGCCUGCCACCUCUGGACAAAUACCACAUAUAAAAUGAAGAUUUGAACCGAGGUAAUGAAACAGCACACAGUGACGGAAUAUUUGUUAAUGACAACUAAUAAAUUUAUUAAAAUUAGGCAAAAGGCACAAUGAAUUGCAUUCUUCAAGUAUUUGCAUAGAUGCACAGAGAGAAUUAUUGUAAACCAUUAAUAUGUGGACACAGGAGAAAGUGAGAUGUAUUUUGGUAUAUGUUCUCCCACGUAACAUAUCUUUCAAAAAAAAUCAGGUUUUACCAUCUUUUAUUCCUCCCGCAGUUCCCCUAUCCUCAUUCACUCAACUUGCACACAUAUGAAAAUUUCAAAGGACUUACUUCAAACUACCUUUUGGAGACUUUAUGAUAUUCCAGCAAUAAAGUUUUCCACUAGAGUUUGGGCAUAUCCAGUUAUUCUCUGA